CGGUGCCGAUACUUUAAUUUACAUGAGCUGGCUGAUUGAGGAAAAUGGCGAAUCUUAAUGUUAGGAGUCAUAAAGUGGAUGCAAGAUCCCCUCCAACUGUAAAUAUCAAUCCCGAUAUUGCAGAAGAGAGGAGAAAUGCAAAAUUUGAUCCAGUAGAACUUACUUAUGUGAUUGAUGGAGGAAAAGAAAAAACAGAGAGGCGUCGAUAUUUAGAGUCUGAAGUCUUAAAUGACCCAUCCUUUGAUGACCCCAUGGAUAUCUCUUUUAUGACGGAUGAACAACGGCACACCAAUUCUGUGAGGAAAGCUAUUCAGGUGGUCCGAAGAACGCAGGAGCUAGAAAUCAGCAAUCCUAUGGAACUCAUUUGGUUUAGAGCGGCUACAAACCCAUUAGAGGUUCCAUCACUGAGCCUCCAUACAUCUAUGUUCAUGACCACCAUUGUCAACCAGAUGACUCUAGAACAGAGGUCCCAAUGGGAAUCUGCAGCCAAGAAAUUUGAAUUGAUUGGGACAUACGCUCAGACUGAGCUGGGACAUGGAACCUUUUUGCGUGGACUUGAAACAACUGCUACAUAUGACCCAAGAACUCAAGAGUUUGAGAUACAUUCACCCACCCUGACUUCAAUGAAAUGGUGGCCUGGAAAUUUGGGUAAGACUGUCACCCAUGCUAUUGUAGCUGCUCAGCUGUACACUAAAGGACAUUGUAUGGGAGUUCAUAUGUUCAUGGUUCCUCUACGCAGUUUAGAGACACAUCUACCUCACCCUGGUGUUGAAUUGGGUGACAUCGGACCAAAGUUUGGCUAUAGCAACAUUGAUAAUGGCUUUCUGCGAUUUAACCACUAUCGCAUUCCAAGAGAAAACAUGUGCAUGAGACAUUCUCAGGUCAUGCCAGAUGGAACGUAUGUUCCACCUCCUCACAAGAAGGUUAGCUAUGGUAGCAUGUUGCCGAUUCGCAGCGCUAUCGUGGGAAACACAGGUUGGGCCCUGGCAAAGGGCUGUAUUAUAGCAACAAGAUACAGCGUUGUAAGGAGACAGUCUGAACUCAUUCCUGGUACCAAAGAAGCAAAGAUCCUUGAUUACCAGAGCCAGCAAUUGAAGAUCAUUCCCAACAUUGCUACAUCCUUUGCCUUCAUCUUAACUGGAAAGGAGAUGAUGAAGACAUACUUUGAUAGCCUUGCUGAGAUGAAUGAGGGGAACUUUAGCUCCCUGCCUGAGCUCCAUGCGACCUCAGCGGGACUGAAAGCCUUCACAUCAGCUGUUGUUGCCAGUGGUUUAGAGGAGCUUCGGAUGUCUUGUGGAGGUCAUGGAUAUUCUAAGGCCAGUGGUUUCCCAGAACUAUAUACCACCGCAGUCCCAGCUACUACCUAUGAAGGAGAAAACACUGUCAUGUUUCUACAGACAGCCAGGUACCUGAUGAAGGUAGCCAGACAGGUAGGAUCAGGAAAUAAACUGGUUGGUUGCGCUGCAUACCUUCAAUCAAACCUAUCACCUCGAUGCUUGGCUAAGAGACAGACUGAUUUCCUCAGACAGGAUAUCUUGGUAGAUGCCUACAAACAUAGGGCCAAGAGUGUUGUGAUGUUAGCAGCAAAGAGGAUGGGUGAAGAAAUCAAGAAGGGUCACUCUCAACCCGUUGCAUGGAACAACUGCCACAUGUAUCUUAUAAAGGCUGCAAUGGCCCAUUGUCACCUGUACUGUGUGGAGAGUUUCUUUGAUGGAGUAAAUAGUACCGAUGCUUCACAACCUGCAGUGGAUGCUCUCAUGUCUUUGUGUCAGCUCUAUGCUAUCUUUGGGAUCAGCCAAAACAAAGGAGAUCUGCUCCAGGAUGGUUAUAUUAAUGGUGAGCAGAUAGAUAUGUUAGAGCGUCAGCUGAUAGACCUACUAGCAAUCAUCAGACCUAUUGCUGUAACUCUGGUUGAUUCUUAUGAUAUCCCUGAUAAGAUGCUAUCUUCAGUACUUGGACGCUAUGAUGGUAACGUCUAUGAGAACCUGUAUGAGUGGGCCAAGAAAGCUCCCCUAAACAAGAAAGAGGUUCCUGCUGCUUACAAGUACAUUGGACCAUUUCUUAAGGAGAACAUAGCCAAUUCAAAGCUCUGAAUCAUGUGACCACCAGUAAUCUAUCAUGUGACUGUAAACUCUGAAUCAUGUGACUGUAAGCUCUGAAUCAUGUGACUGCAGAAAACCAAGUGAUCUUCCAUAGUAAGCAAUGAAUGUCUUGGUUCUAUGUGAAAUUGAUGCAUCUAUACAUUUCAUUCUGAAAUAUAAUGUAAUUACAUGGACCUUUUCUGGUAUAGAUAAACAUGUCAAUUCAUCUUUUUUAUAUUGGAAACAGUUGAUAUUGUUUGUCAUUGUUAAAAGAUAAUUAUUUAAUCCCACAAAAGGCGAUGACAAAUUCUUUCUCAAACAAAAAACGAUCAGAUUAAUCCCAGGCUUUAUGUAGCUGAUUGCAAUAAGAUCAAUAACAAAUCUUAUGGCAAUUUCGGAAUUCUCUAGUCAAUGUGUGAAGCCAAUUAUAUACAUUUUGAAAUAAACAGAGCAAUAUAAUUCGAGAUUUAUAAAUCAAGAUUAAUGUUUCUUAUUAUCACUUGUACAUAUACCUCAAACAAUACUGUUUAUGAUAGACCAAGAUAUGGAAUUAAAUCAUAUUAAAUCAAUUAAACUUAAAGAAAUUGAUAUUUCAUGCAAUUGAAUUCCUGUUUAUUAAUUUUGGGAUAAAUUAUUAAGCUCCCAUACAGUAUGGUGGUAUCAGUAUUACCCAAGCUAUAUCUCAAAUUACUUCAUUGUUUGUUGUAAAAGUGUAGUUGAGCAGAAACAAAGCAUACUUUUUUUCAAUAUUUUCUUCGUUACAUGUAUGUAGUUGUUUUAAUCUCUGUUAGAUGAUGUACAAUGUAUGUGACAAUGUACAUUUUAUAAACUUGACAUUUUACGUGACUUUAUUUGUUGCCAAUGAAUAUCAGGGAAUUUCAUGUUAAACUCAGCUUUUGAAAUGAAAUAUAUUAUGUUAUUAUUACACAUCAUUUGAUAAUACUAGUUUCUGUAAUGAUUAGUAUAAUGUCUUUUGGUUUUUUUUUGCAAGUCUUCUGUUGUAUGGAAGAUAGUUCUGAAUCUUGAUAUUGUUUGAUUUUAUGUUUAAUAUUAAUCAAUCAUGCUUGUGGGUUGGUGGAGGAUAGUAAGAAAAAGAUUUCCAAGAUGACAAAGGGAGGCAUUUUUUUUUUUGGGGGGGGGGUUUAAUCAUGAGAGAUUACCUUUUACAUAGUGAUUUAUCCAUCUACUUAAUACCAAAGAGGACUUCUGGCGUAGAUGGAACAAUCUUUCAAAUUACGUCAAAUAUCUGUGUGUAAUUCAUACAAGUAAAAUGGGAGCGUAUUCAUUCAUCUAUAGAUUUCAUGUUUAGUACUGCCAGAUCAAAUACCUAAUCAUUGCUUUUCUUCAAAUAAAGAAGUUAUGGUGAAUAUUAACUUUAAAGUUUACUACACAAAGUUUACACUCAGUAAAUUGUUGCAUUAAAACUGUUAAAAAGGAAUACUGUAGAUUUUUAUAUUCGAUUGAAAAAAAAAUGAAUAGCAUUUGAUUACUGCUACUGUGCAAUGUAUUAAGUGAUUGUGAAACAGUUAUGUAGAAAUGAUAAACAUGAUAUCUGUAUGUAUGGUGUUUAUAGCAACCAUAGUGCAGUAUGUAUAAACAGUUGAUUUAUGAUACAAAAAUCCAUCUAGGAGCACCAUUGUACUGUUCGGUUGCUCUCAUUUUAAUGUUAAAAAAUGUUCGACUACUUACUGAAAAUUGCCUGUCAAUGUCUCGUAACUUUAGACCUUUUAUCAGAAAUGUAAUUUUGAAAUGUGCAAUCAACAUUGUAAAGAGGAUUUGUGAUGUGAUGAAGUUAGUUGUACAAAGAGAAUGAAAUUAUAAAAUGCAUCACCUAAGAUGGUCUAUUGAUGAUUUGCAAAGACUAAUCAUUAAAAGAAAAAAACUUAGGGUAAAGGAUUUAUUUUCAUCUUCAAAUAUUUUAUAGUUUUAUGAAAGUGAGAGUAGAGUCAUGUUUUAUGAUGAUUAUGAUUUCUUCAAGGUUGAAAUUGGUCAGAAAUUCAUAUUAUAUUUUUUUACUUAACAUGACUCUACUUUUAAUGUCAUUCCUCAUAUUGUUCAUUUUUGUUAAUGUAAUUUAAUGAAAAUUGAUUUUGAUAAUUUCAAUGUUUUCAUUUGACUAGCUUGGGUCCUGUUUUAUAUAACAAAAAGUGAUAUACAACAUUAGCAAGCGCUAUGAAACAAGCCACCCUUUAUUUACCCGGGGUAGCCACUUCAGUUCCAAAAACUGUGGGCCCUGCUAUUAUUACCCUGGCUUUAGCUUAAGCAAUGAGUAUUUGAUUACAUGAAAUAGUCAUUCCAAUCUGUCAUGAAGUUUAGCUUAUCAUAGAAUCGUAUGUAGAGUAUGCAAUGAUAGAAGUAAUGAGUCAUCUUACCAAAACUAUCGGGUUUAGAUUACUGUGACGUACACAAUGCCUUUGAUUUCACACUGUCUUCUUGAUGACAAAUACACUCAUUGCAUGAUAGCAUUGUAGACUUUCUUUGCUUCUUUUAGACAACAUGUCUGAUUAAAAUUUCUUCCCUCUUUUUCCUUGGGUUUUACAAUUGUACAAAUUUUCUCUUGAAAUUAAAAAUUCUUCUAUUCAGUGUUGAAAUUAAUUCCCUUUUUUACAUUGUAAAAUGUCUGUAGAUUGAUAAUCUUAUCCAUACAUGUUAUAUCAUUACAACACUAUUAUAAAUAUUUAGCAGUAUACCAUAAUGUAUGAAUGUGAAUAAUGAGUUAAAGUUUUCUAUUGAAUUUAAACAUUACAUGACUGUCAAUAUACAAAUAAAUAAUUUAUACUAAAACUUGGCAUUAAAAUCAUUGAAAUCAA